ACCCUGGCCAAAAGGGUGUUCUCCAUCACAAAGCAAUCUCUCUUCUCUCACCUGUUGAUGUUGCUUUGACACUUAGAGAGAGAGAGAGAGAGAGAGAGAUGGCAAUUGGGCAAUGCAAAGACAUUGAGAAUGGUGAGAUUAGGAACAACAGCCUUGAGGAUUUGGAACAACCCUUCAUUAUGCAAGACAAGAGUAGUGUUAUUGCCUAUGAAGAUGAAGAAAGUGAUUGCACUAGCACUAUUAGUGCUGAUCAAAAUGGAUCAAUUUGGAUGGUUUUGCUUAGCACUUUCGUUGCUGUUUGUGGCUCUUUUGAAUUCGGAUCAUGUGUGGGCUUUUCAGCUCCCACUCAAUCUGCUAUCAGGGAAGAUCUAAACCUCUCCUUAGCCCAGUACUCCAUGUUUGGCUCUAUUCUGACAAUUGGUGCAAUGUUGGGUGCUGUAACAAGUGGCCGGAUUGCAGAUUUCAUUGGAAGAAAAGGAGCAAUGAGACUUUCAGCUGGCUUCUGCAUCACAGGAUGGCUAGCUGUCUUUUUUGCGAAGGGAGCUUCCUCUCUCGACAUGGGAAGAUUUUUCACAGGAUUUGGCAUUGGAAUCUUCUCUUAUGUGGUUCCAAUAUUUGUAGCUGAGAUAGCACCAAAGAAUCUCCGAGGAGGUCUUACAACACUAAAUCAGCUCAUGAUUGUUACUGGAGCAUCACUUGCGUUUGUAAUAGGAACAGUCAUAAGUUGGAGAUCGCUAGCUCUCACUGGACUUGUUCCAUGCCUUGUUCUACUCUUGGGUUUAUGUUUUGUUCCAGAGUCUCCAAGAUGGCUGGCAAAAGUUGGUCAGGAGAAAGAAUUUCAAGUUGCACUUCAAAGACUCCGGGGCAAAGAUGCCGAUAUUACUGAGGAGGCUGCUGAAAUCCAAGAAUAUAUUGAAACUCUUCAAACUCUUCCAAAAGUCAGUCUGCUAGACUUGUUUCAAAGGAAAUAUAUUCGUUCUCUCAUUAUUGGGGUUGGAUUGAUGGUGUUCCAACAAUUUAUUGGCAUUAAUGGAGUGGGAUUCUAUGCAAGUGAAACCUUUGAAGAAGCUGGACUUUCUGGUAAAACUGGAACCAUUGCGUGGGCUUUUGUUCAGGUCCCAAUAACUGUAGUGGGAGCAAUUUUGAUCGAUAAGUCAGGAAGAAGACCACUUAUAAUGGUUUCAGCAACUGGGAUAUUUCUAGGCUGCAGUCUAGCAGGAACAUCUUUCCUUCUCAAGGCUCAUGGUUUGCUGCUUGAGUUGGCACCCAUAAUCGCUGUGGCUGGAGUGCUGAUUUACAUAUCCUCUUUCUCAAUUGGAAUGGGAGCAGUCCCUUGGGUGAUAAUGUCCGAGAUCUUCCCAAUUCAUAUGAAGGGAGUUGCUGGGAGCUUAGUGGUGCUUGUGAAUUGGUUGGGAGCUUGGGCAGUUUCCUACACUUACAACUUCCUUAUGAGCUGGAGUUCCUAUGGAACUUAUUUAAUCUAUUCCGGAUUCUCUAUCAUGGCUGUUCUAUUUGUGGCCGUUUUAGUCCCGGAGACCAAAGGCAAAACACUAGAGGAAAUUCAGGCAUGCAUUAAUGCAGACAAGAGAGUGGAGGUUUUGAACUAGUGAAAAACUUUUCUAAGAGUUUGGCAACUUUGUGUUUUCUUGAUUCCUGUCCAAAAUUAUCUUCUCCAUUAAAUUGGUGACGAAAAGUCCUAUCCGGUCAUAGAAAGAAGGAUUAAUCAGCCACGGAAUCAAUAUGUUCAUGUGUUGAAGAUCUUGGGCUUUUUGGGAAUCUGUUAUUAUUUCUGCAGAGGAGAAAGCAGCUAUGGAGCAUUAUUUGAAGCAAUGGAGGAGCAUUCGUAUUUAUAUAGGUAUUCUUGGUUUCAUUUUAGAAGGAUAAUAGUGUUGGAAACGGCUUUGUUCAAUGUAGAAAGAAGAUUUUCUAGCCCUGCUUGGGCUGUUCAACCUCAAUGUUUCCUUGAUGAAUAAUAAUAUGAAUGGUAAAGAGAAAAAAAAAAAAAAGAUUUUCUUG